CAUCAAACUCUCUACGUAUCACUCUCCCAGAGACGAUAAGAGAGAGAGAGAGAGAGAGAGAGAGUGAGUGUGUGUGAGAAACCUGUGAGAGAGAAACCCUAGCCAUGGAUCGCUCCUCCGAUAAGGAUAAAUCCUCCAAACGCUCCCGGGAUGAUCGGGACCGCGGCUCCGCCAAAGACCACCGUGACCGCCGGUCCCGAGAUUCCGAUUCUUCCCAUCGCCACCACCGAUCUGAGCGGGAAAGCCAUCGGGACCACCAUAAAUCUUCUUCAAGGCGUGAGGAUCGGGAGAGCUCGCGAGACCGCGAAUCUAAGCGGGAGCGCUCGUACGACCCUAGAGAGGAUAGGGAGGGGAGUAGGGAUAGGCGCGAACGGUCCAACGAGCUGCGAAACGAUCACAAAUCCUCAUCGAGGCGGGAGGAACGAGAGCGGUCUUGGGAGAGGUCCUACGAUCUGAGAGAAGAGAGAGAUGGACGCGAGAGGUCUGAGGAUUUGGAGUAUGAAGCUAGAAGAAAGAGGAAAGAAAGAGGAGAUAGCGAGGAUAGGGUUCUCGAGAUGGAGAAGAGGCCUAGGGUUUCGGGGGAGAAGAGAGAGAGGAGGAGAUUUGGGGAUAAAGUAAAAGAGGAAGAAAAUACUGAU